AUGCGCCGACAGCGAGCCGUCGAAUAUCUGACCGAGCCUUCUAUAAUUCCAACUUUCCCGGAUGAAAUCCUCUAUGUCCUUACUCUUCCUCGGCUUCCCAAGCACGAUGACAGCCUCGUAAUGGCAUACUACCUUACUGUUUCCCCGCCUUUGGCAUCGGAGAAGGUCCAGCGAGCCUUCUUCAAGACGCUCUGUCGCUCAAGCAUUACGGAGGCCUUCUACUUCACCCGCAAGAACGAUGACACUCUACGUCGAAGCUACCUUACACAGCUCAUUGAGUUCGUGCACACAACAGACGCUGGCCAACUUCGGAGCAGUCGCGCGCUGGAACUAAUCGGCCUUCCAUUCGACGAUCAAGAAGAGGAAUGGUUCGAGGAUGCUCUGCUUCACGGUAGUGCAAAGGGUCUCCAUGGCUCCAAGGACACAGUCAUGAUGCGCCGCCUUGCUAGUGGCAAGUUGAGUGGACUGGCCCAGGAGCUUGAGUCCCUCGGCGGGGAGAAGAUUGACGGACUGAACUGGGAUGUCCUGAGGCAGAGCAGUAAGUCGUUCUUCAGUCAAGCCGUUUUAUAUGGGACCUUUCUGACAUCCCACAGCUAUGGAAUAACUACGGCGGACAUCAAGGCCGAUCUUACCGCCGGUAAAGGCCGGCCAGAAUGGGUUUUUUCCUGCUACGGUCCCGGCAGAAACGCCCCAAGGCAAUUAUUUGGAGGCGCUAAUCGAGAGCGGAGUUUCGAAGAACUGCGACUGCGCCAUUAUGAAGCUGCCGCAGCAGGCAACGCCGACCAGGCAGUCCAAGAAGCUCAAGCUCUGUAUGGGGAGGCAUUGAAGCAGAUGGAUGUCAUCCUGAAUGAUCUAAACGGUGCUGUGAAGUAUGUCGUCGAUGGUAUCAAUGAACAUCCCAACAGAAUUGAUAUCGUGGAGGGCAAGACCGGCCCUGCUUCCACCCCAGCACCUUCUGCUUUCGGUCAGCCCUCGCAACCUAGCCAACCUUCACCAUUCGGGCAACCCGCUGCUCCCAGCUCAGCACCGGCUUUUGGUCAGCCUUCAGGAUUAGGCAGUCAACCCUUCGGCAAGCCCUCUGCGUUCGGUCAGCCGUCAGCCUUCGGGCAGCCCUCGGCCUUGGGUCAAACAUCUGGCCUGGGGCAAGCACCUGGCUUCGGACAACCUAGUGCUUUAGGUCAAGGGUCUGCAUUUGGACAGCCCUCAGGCUUGGGAGGAGGGCAGUCGGCAUUCGGUAAACCAGCCUUUGGCCAGCCUAGCUUUGGUCAGCCUUCUACCGGCCAGUCUUCAUUCGGCCAGCCAUCAUCACUCGGAACAUCGGCAUUCGGGACACCUGCUGCGGCCUCCCCAUUUAGUCAGAUAUCAGCUCCUAGCCAGCAACCAAGCGGCUUUGGUCAGUCCGCCGGACAAGCAUCACCGUUCGCACAGGUCGGGAGUCAAACCCCCGCCGCGUCUUCUGGCUUCGGUCAACCCUCGACACAGCCGGCUGGUUUCGGCCAACCGUCACAGACAGCUUCGCCUUUUGGUCAACCCCAACAACAACAACAACAACCGGCCUCAAACCCUUUUGGUCAACCCUCCACGGCCGCAGCUCCGAGUCCCUUCGGGGCUCCAAGCCAACCAGCUGCACCUUCAGGAUUUGGACAGCCCGCUAGCGGUUUUGGACAGUUAGGCCAAUCAGCGCCUGCUCCCGCUCUUGCGUCCACGCCAACAGCUACUGCAGGAACCGGCCCUCCUGCCAUUAUCAAGAUUGAUAACCCGAAUGAGCUACACCCCAUCCCACCGCUGACAGGUCAGACCAUCCGCGACCCAAUGACCAAGAGGCUCUCAGCCUGGAAGGGGCAACCGGUCAAGUACAUCAACAACGAACCCUGCUAUCUACAUCCGCAGGAUCGUCAUACCUACGUCCGCAUCUUCUUUCCAGAUGGACCCCCUGAUGCAGCCAGCUUACGGGACGCACAUGCAAAGGACGAGGAGUAUACAGCUGAGGUCACUGCGCAGUACGAGUUCUUCGUGCAAAACGGAUGCUUCAAGGACGGAGUGAUUCCGAGCGUGCCCCCGAAGACGGAAUGGGUGAGCUUCGACUUUUAG